AAUCGCGAUUAUAGAAAAUAUCCUCUUUCUGUCAGGUUUAAGGUAUUUAUGCAGUAAUCAAGUAGAAUUUUUUAAAAAUCCAGAGAUUGAUGAUUUCUUCGAAAUACAUUUUUUCAUUUCGUUAGUUUCUUUUUUUUAAGUCAAUAUUUUAAAUAGGGACCUCUGUGUGCCAGAAGUGGAACCUUCACUUUUUUUGCUACCGACUGAGUGAAUUUGGUCUAAAUCUUCAGAGUCUGCCGGAUAAUGUAAGGGGGUGUCUCGAAUUUUGUUAUUUGGCGUUCAGGCCGGGUUUUUAUUGUUGUUUUUCCUGAUUUUAUCAACAAAAGCGAUUUUGCAGUUUGUCCUUUAUUACUCGUCAUGAGUUACACACAGUUGCAACAAUGAAUUGGUACAGAAUAAGGGAUAUUAUGAGUGUUGAUAUUCACACGAAACUCUGCAAGAUAUUAACAAUAAACAGCUGGCUGCAUAUAUUUUGACAAGAAUAUUAUUUCCAAUGAUUAAUAAGUGAACUUGUUAAUAACUGCUGUCAUGACUGCUGCUGAACACUUUAUAAGUUUGAUUACGGUGGCAAGUGCAAAAAAGUUGGCAACAGCCCUUGUUGCUUGUUUUGUUUUGGGUCAUGGGCUGCUUCAUCUCAUUUAUGGCAGCGAUUCUUGCAAAUGGUUGUUGGAAGAGGGAAGAUACAAAGGGGACAAGGAAUGGCAACCCUCUGGAUGCAUGAUGCAUCAUUAUACCCAAACAGAUAGCAGAAGAUGUUUGAGGUAUCUUGCCUUUAUGGGCCACAAAAAUCACUUUGUCUUCGUUGGAGAUGAGAGAAUUCGCCAAUUGUAUAAAUCAUUUGUUUUACAAUUCGUUGUCGAUGGAAAGGGAUCAGAUCCAGCUGAUUAUCCACCAACGUCUGACUUGAAUUUUCAUGACGCACAGUUGAGAUUGAAUGUUCAGUUUCUGUGGAGGCCGAGAUUGGAUGCUUCAAUGAUAACUGAUUUUCGCAAUUGGAUGACAGGUGAGGCUCCAGCAAUGAUUGUAGCAGGAUGUGCAGCAGCUGACAUUCUCGCCCACAAUGCCAGUCACACACGACUUUACUCAGAAUACAGCAAUGGUCUCGUCCGCCUGGUCCAGCCGGCAGACGCCCUCGUCAAGAGAGGCUCGCAAUUUCUCUGGAUGAUGCAGGAUCCAGUGCUCAAGGAGAAUCUACCUGCUCAUCUGACUGGCCUAGAUAAUAAGGAGAUAAACCUUUGCAACAAGGCUGCUUACGAGGUUCUACUGCACAGUGGAGCUCACCUCUGGGAGAGUAGUCGACUGAUAGGCCAAGGGGUACUCGAACAGAGUCCUGAUGGUUAUUUAUCCAGCCCCUCCUCCCUCAGACACAAAAUUCAAAUAUUACUGAAUACUCAUUGCAAUGAUCACAUGAAUUUUGGUGAUGGCACUUGCUGCAGCAGCCCAGAGCCUGCCACCACUCUUCAGUUGGUCACUCUAGCUGCUAUGGCUAUUUGUGUUGUGACUGGUGGUGCCUACUGGCUAUACCGUAAAAUCUGCCGCAGAACUGAAGUAUUAUACUCACGUGUUGUAUCAGCAGAAGUGGAAGCAGCUGAUGACACAAAUGAACUCGAAGGCCCUAUGGAAGAGCCUCAAGCUAAUGAUUUUUACAGUUUAAUCACAUCCCUAGCUCUUUUCUCGUGCAUCCUUGGAUAUUUUUAUUUAUGUGAUAGAACGAAUUUCUUCAUGAAAGAGAACAAAUACUACAGUGAAUUCAGCUUUUGGCUACCACUGGGGUAUAUUCUCGCUCUCGGAUUAUUCUUCACUGAGGACUGCGAGAGGGGACCCAGGGCCCUCAAUCGUGAGCAGACGGAUGAGUGGCGGGGACUCAUGCAGGCUGUUGUCCUAAUAUAUCACGUCACUGGUGCUAGCAAUGUUUUACCUAUUUAUAUGCACCUGAGGCUGAUAAACUCAGCUUAUCUUUUUUUAUCUGGGUAUGGACACUUCUGCUAUUUCUGGCAGACUGGAGAUGUCUCAUUAGUUCGUCUCACAAGAGUGCUCUUCAGACUGAAUGCCCUCGCAGUAUUUCUCUGUUUCUGCAUGAAUCGACCAUACCAAUUUUACCACUUCGUCCCUCUCGUGUCCUUCUGGUUUUGGGUGGUUUACUUUCUCGCCUGGUUGCCACCGAGAGUCUACUCAGGAAGUCUUACUGAGCACGGACCCCGAGCUCUACUCUAUCUCGCACUGAAGCUCAUAGGAUUGGUAUCGGUGAUCACGGUUCUCUACACGUCAGAGGUAUUCUUCGAGAAGGUAUUUGUCACACGACCCUGGAAGGCACUCUUCGUCACCACUGACGACGAUAUCAGAGAGUGGUGGUCACGGUGGCGAGUGGACAGGUACAGUGUGGCUUUUGGAGUAGCCUUUGGUGCUGCUCUUCUGGCUCUCCAAAGGUUGGAUCACAUUCCAGGAAGUGCCCUGGCUCCACUUGUCGCCAUUGUCUCGCUUGCCGCUUACACAACACUCACGAUACUUUGUGUAUCUGUUGCUGAGUGCGAAGAGAUUCAUUCCUAUAUUGUCUUCAUACCAAUCGUUGGGUACAUAAUUCUGAGGAAUUCCUCUCUGGCAUUAAGAGGAAAAUACUCAGUUCUCCUGGCUGGUCUAGGCAGAAUAAGUCUGGAGACCCUGGUGGGCCAGGGACAUGUGUGGUUAGCUGCUGAUUCCCACGGAGUACUCGUCCUACUCCCAAGAUUCCCAGUUCUCAAUCUCUUGAUUUCUUCAUUCAUCUUCAUAUGCGCCAGUCACGAGAUACACAGGUUGACCCUCAUUCUCGCACCCUACGCCGUGCCAAACGAUUGGAAACUAGUCAUGAGGAAUUUCUUAUUAUUCCUCGCUGUAUUAGUUCCUAUCGGAAUUCACGAUGGGAUGAUUUAGAAUGACACUGGGACCACAGGAAGAUAAAAAUAAUUCAAUAUUUUCAUAGUGAGUUCUGAGAACUAAAUGAUUUAAUUAAAGUCAAAGCUUGAUUUCUGAUCAGCGAUUUUAAUUUUCGCAUAAGGCCAGAAUUAAUUUAUAGUAUUACAACGAGGUUCAGUGAUUUUAUCAACCAAUGACCUUGAAGCUUAGCUGCUUCAUCCUGUUUCACUACUUGAUAGCCAAUUUCAAA